AUGGCAAUCGAAGGCUUGUUUCUUGACAAAGAUGGAGGUCAAAGUAACAGACAGAAUAUUGAUCUUAAAUACCCAAAACUUGGAGAGAUGUUGGAUUAUAUUCUUAAGCGGCAACCAAAAUUGCUAGAGACCAGUGAAACAAGGGAACAAAAGCUUGUUUUUCCAUCUACAAUGUAUGUGGCUAUGAUCAAAUUUUUGUUGAAGUGCUUUGAGUCAGAGUUGGACCAAAACAACUCUUUAGGGAGAUCAACUGAAUUUCUAUCUUCAGUGGAAACAAUGUGCUUACUGCUAGAACAUGCUAUGACAUAUGAAGGCUCUGUUGAAUUGCAUGCCACUGCUUCCAAGGCAUUAAUUACAAUUGGAUCUUAUCUUCCAGAGAUGAUUGCAUCACACUAUGUGCCUCGAGUGUUUGAGUCACUUCAUGGAAUACUGUGUGCAAUUGGAUAUGCUACUGCAGAGUGUGUCUCCAGAGCGGAUGCUAUACCAGGGACAAUGUUUCAGAAAAUACUUAAAUGCCUGACUGGUGUUGCUGAUUCUGAGACUGCAACAUUGGCCUCUGUUGCUAUGCAAGCUUUGGGUCAUAUUGGAUUACGUGUACCAUUGCCUCCUCUUGUUGAUGACUCUAGUUCAGUUGACAUUCUGAUACUCUUGAGUGGAAAGUUGAGCAAGCUACUCUCUGGUGACGACACCAAAGCAAUCCAGAAAAUUGUCAUCUCCCUUGGACACAUCUGUGCGAAGGAAACAUCACCCUCACUCCUGAGCAUUACCCUUGAUUUGAUUUUUAGUCUCUGUCGGUCGAAGGUUGAGGAUAUCCUGUUUGCUGCUGGGGAGGCUCUGUCGUUUCUGUGGGGUGGUGUUCCUGUGACAGCUGAUGUGAUUCUCAAAACUAACUAUUCUUCACUUUCCAUGACUUCAAAUUUUCUUUUGGGAGACAUAAGCUUAUCUUUGUCAAAAUACAACCCUAAUGAGAAAAGUGAAGCUAAUGAAGAUUACCAUGCCACCGUUAGAGAUUCAAUUACUAGAAAACUGUUUGACAUUCUUUUAUACAGUAGCAGAAAAGAAGAACGCUGUGCUGGAACUGUUUGGCUACUAUCAUUGACAAUGUAUUGUGGUCGUCACCCAACCAUCCAACAAAUGCUUCCACAAAUUCAGGAGGCUUUUUCACACUUACUUGGUGAACAGAAUGAACUUACACAAGAGCUAGCGUCACAAGGGAUGAGUAUUGUCUAUGAGCUUGGUGAUUCAGUAAUGAAGAAAAAUUUAGUAGAUGCACUUGUAACCACUUUGACGGGUUCAGGAAAGAGGAAAAGAGCUAUCAAGCUGGUGGAAGACACUGAAGUUUUCCAAGAGGGGGCUAUUGGUGAAAGUCUGAGUGGAGGGAAACUCAGCACUUACAAGGAGCUUUGCAGUCUAGCAAAUGAGAUGGGCCAACCAGAUCUGAUUUAUAAGUUUAUGGAUCUGGCUAAUCAUCAAGUUUCUCUAAAUUCCAAGAGGGGUGCUGCUUUUGGAUUUUCCAAGAUAGCCAAACAAGCUGGAGAUGCUCUCCAACCACACUUACAACUAUUGAUUCCACGACUUGUUAGAUACCAGUACGAUCCUGAUAAGAAUGUGCAGGAUGCAAUGGCUCACAUAUGGAAGUCACUAGUGGCUGAUCCAAAGAGAACUAUUGAUCAAUACCUGGACUUUAUUGUCGAUGAUUUAAUAAUUCAAUGUGGAUCUAGACUUUGGCGUUCACGUGAGGCUUCCUGUCUUGCCCUUGCAGACAUUAUUCAAGGGCGAAAAUUUGACCAGGUCGGAAAGCAUUUGAAGAAAAUAUGGACAGCAGCAUUCCGUGCCAUGGAUGACAUAAAGGAGACUGUCCGAAAUGCUGGUGACAGAUUAUGCCGUGCUAUUACGUCCUUAACAAUACGGCUAUGUGAUGUUUCACUUACCGAAGUAUCAGAUGCCAGAGAAGCAAUGGGGAUUGUUCUGCCGUUGUUGCUUGCUGAUGGCAUUUUAAGUAAAGUCAGCAGUAUUCGCAAGGCAUCAAUUGGUGUUGUUAUGAAGCUUUCAAAGGGUGCAGGGAUUGCUCUUCGUCCACAUUUGUCUGAUUUAGUUUGUUGCAUGCUGGAAAGUUUGUCAAGCCUUGAAGACCAAGGUCUCAAUUAUGUUGAGUUGCAUGCAGCAAAUGUUGGAAUACAGGCAGAGAAGCUUGAGAAUUUGCGGAUUUCAAUUGCAAAAAGCUCUCCAAUGUGGGAAACUCUUGACCUAUGCAUAAAUGUUAUAAAUACCGAAUCCUUAGAUCUCUUGGUUCCUCGCCUUGCUCAUUUGGUUCGAUCAGGUAUUGGACUCAACACUAGGGUUGGUGUGGCCAGCUUUAUCAGCUUGUUGGUUCAAAAAGUUGGAGCAGAUGUAAAGCCAUUUACAAGCAUAUUAUUGAGGGUAUUGUUUCCAGUGGUUAAGGAGGAGAAAAGUUCCGCUGCAAAGCGUGCAUUUGCAAGUGCUUGUGCCAUGGUUUUGAAGCAUGCUGGUCAAUCUCAGGCCCAAAAGUUAAUUGAAGACACCGCAGCUUUGCAUACUGGGGAAAAGAAUGCUCAAAUUGCUUGUGCAAUUCUUUUGAAAAGCUAUUCUUCUGUGGCAUCUGAUGUUCUAAGUGGAUAUCAUGCAGGAAUUUUUCCAGCUAUAUUUAUUACAAGAUUUGAAGAUGACAAGUAUGUUUCUGGCCUAUUUGAGGAGUUGUGGGAAGACAGUACAAGCGGUGAACGGAUCACCAUUCAGUUAUAUUUAGGAGAAAUUGUUUCUCUUAUUUGUGAGGGCCUUGCGUCGUCAUCAUGGCCAACCAAGGCAAUUUGCAAGCUUAGUGAAGUUUUAGGCGAAUCAUUAUCUUCUUAUCACCAUGUUCUGCUCGACUCUCUUAUGAAAGAACUUCCUGGUCGUUUAUGGGAGAUACUUGAAGUGAUGGUUAAUGAUUGUAAUUCUAUGAUACAAUGUGUCAUUGAUUAUGAUGCCACUCCACUAUAUCGCUAUAAAAGUCGAUCACCAUUCAUACUUGGUGGAGUGCUAAUAGUGCCAUCCUAUGGCAAGGAGUCCCUACUAUAUGCAAUAGGCGCACUUUCUUCAUCCUGCCAUAAAGCAAUUUCCUCUGAAAAUCCUGCCACCCCUGAUGCUAUUUUGAAUAUGGUAUCUUCUGCAUGCACGAAAAAGGUGAAGAGAUACCGUGAAGCAGCUUUCUCUUCUCUUGACCAGGUUGUAAAAGCUUUCGGUGAUCCAAAGUUCUUUAAUGUGAUUUUUCCUCUAUUAUUUGGGAUGUGCAACUCAGCUGCUGCCAAUAAAUCUGGGCCAGCACUUUUGGCAAGUGAUGCUGCUAAAGCAGAACUUUGCUCAAGGCUACAGAGCAUCCUGGCCGAUGCCUCUGAGGGAGCAUCUUGGCACGAUAGCGCAACUUCCUUAGUUCAGGAGCUGUUCCGUUCUCUAUCACCUAAGAUAGUUGAAUGUAUAAGCACGAUAAAGAUUGCCCAGGUUCACAUAACUGCUUCAGAGUGCCUUCUGGAGGUCACCAAGGUGUGGAGAGGUCUUGGAUCGGUGUGCAGGACUGAUGUAGGGUUUAAGGAAGAGCUUCUUCAUCAGUACGAAGUGGAAAAGAAUGAGGAGGCAAGAUCAUAUUUGAAAAAAUGCGUUGACAUAUUUGAAGAUCUAGAAUGA